AUGGAUGAGGAACAAGAAUAUUCAAAGGCCUUAGAAGCCUUCAACAAGGUCUAUAAAACUGAAAUUCCUGGAUUAAAGCCUCUGCAAGCAAAAACAUUAAAUGUGCUGCUUUCUGGAAAGGAUUGUGUCUGCUGCCUCCCAACUGGCUAUGGGAAAUCUCUUAUCUUUGAAAUUCUUCCAUUCAUUGACCCAACUUGUUUAGUAUUAGUAGUGGAACCUUUUAACGUGAUCAUGGUGCAAGAGUGCCAGAAGCUUGGUGACUCAGCUAUUUGUCUUUCAGCGGAAAGUGAUUUAGGUCCCGUCAAAGAUGGAAAAGUGAAGUAUAUUUUUUGCCAUCCAGAGGACAUUUUAAAUAACAAGAGCAUCAUUGAGCUGUUUAGAUGUGAACAUAUGAAUGAAAGAAAAACAUUCUUAGUCAUUGAUGAGGCGCAUUGCGUUUUGGAAUGGGGCGACGACUUUAGACCUAAUUACAAACAACUAGCUAACUUAAGAUCUGUUUUUGUUUGUAAUGUGUUAGCUCUUUCAGCAACGGUGACAUGUGUUGGACAAAGGGAACUUAUUAAAAACUUACAUCUCAUAGAUUGUGAAUGUGUUUGUGCUCCGCCAACAAUGGCAAACAUUGAACUUAUUGUGCUAAAAAGACCAAGUGCUACUGCCAGAGGAAACUGUGCAAGCACUCCCUAUGAUUACAUCUUUGAAAGGGUACUGCACGAGCUCAAUGAUCUAGGUAGCCAGUUCCCAAUCACUGUUAUUUACUGUAAGUCUAUGCAGUGGAUAGGCUAUGGAUACCAGCUGGCCAGAGAAAUCCUGAAUAACAAGUUCUAUGUUGGUGAUCAGAUUCCAGAAAAUGCACGGGUAGUGAUGUUCCACUCCUCAAUAGAAGGCAGCAGUGGUAAGUUUAAGGUCAUUGUGAUAAUCUGGGAGCAUUGCAGCAUCAGACUGGUGUUUGCAUCAGUGGCUCUUGGCAUGGGAGCACACCUGCAGCAGUUCAAGCGUGUGAUACAUGCUGGCCCGCCAUCUUCAUUAGAAACAUAUGUUCAAGAAAUUGGACGGUGCGGAAGAGGUGGUGCACAUGCUAAUGCCAUCCUGUACUACAAUAACAGUGACCUAGGUAUUCAGCACAUGCAAGCAAGCAUGAAGGAUUAUUGUAAAACAGACAAAUGCAAGAGGGAAUUUAUAAAUGAACAUUUUGGAUUUGAUCUGUCUGAUAGGCCAACUAUUUGUUGUAAUAUCUGCCAAUCUGAUCUUGGUUUGGAAUGGGAUUUUUCUCAGCUAUUAAUAAAAUAAACUGAAUAUGCACCCAUUUUCCUUAUUCUUA